AUGUCAGCUGCCCGCCAUGUCUCAAUUUGUCGUUCCAUGUACCACAAGCAAUUUGCGCCCAUUGGUCACCGUGGGAUUCCUUCAGCAACCUUGCGGCCCCGGAACAUUAUCCCGAGAUUCAAUAUUCAGGCCAUUAGACACCAAUCCAACAUAACAUCUCCCAACCCAAGCCUUCGUCGAGCUCGCUUUCGCCGAAUCCUCGCCUAUGGCGCAUUUGCCUUUUUCUUUACGUCCGUCGGCAUCGUCGCCACCGCCGGCCCUGCCGCCACGACCAUAUUCUCUCUUGUAUCCGCCCCCUCAGACGCCGAAUCCUUGAAGCUUUUCCAUACCGCACACGAGAAAGCAGCCGAGAUCAACAAACAUAUUACCAAUCAUCCAAUCUCGGUGGCCCUGCGCGAACGACCAGGUUGGACAGAGUCAAGACCCCAUCUCAGAUACCCUGAGACGAUCAGACCUCAUAGCCUGACUGCCGGUACGCUUAUGGGUCCUGGAAAGUUCCCGGUGCCACCACUGGUGUUCAGCGAUGAUAAAGAGCUAGUUUCUCUGAGCUAUGUGGGUACAGACAUGUGCGGCCAUAACGGUAUUGUACACGGAGGCUUGCUGGCGACAAUGCUCGAUGAGGGUCUGGCACGGUGCGGCUUUAAUUCUUUGCCCAGUAAAAUCGCUGUCACUGCCAAUCUUAUGAUCAACUAUCGCAAGCCAGUACCUGCAGGGUCAUACCUGGUCCUCAGAGCGUAUACGACCAAGGCUGAAGGUAGGAAGGUCUGGGUGAAAGGCUCCAUUGAGCUACUCAGAGACGAUGAGAAGCCGGGUGACGUUCUUGUGGAAGCUGAAGCUUUAUACGUUGAGCCUAAAUACGUGAAGGUAUGUAUUUUGACAGCCUUGAGACGAUUGUCAUCUAAUGGCUUCAGUCUCUUCCGAAUUUUCUUCAAGUUGGCCCUCGAUGAGGAGCACUCAACGUUGCCCCCUAGCUUGAACGACCUCGACUCGAAACAAUGA